CCCUAACAAUCCACAGCAUCACAAGGAGUACAGCGGAGAACGCCGAGCAAAAACGAGAAGUUCAAAAUUUGAACAUGGAACUGCAACAGAUUAUGAAGGGAAAUUUCAAAACGUUCAUGCAAAAGGAAAUCUUCGAACAACCAGAAUCUGUGGUGAACACAAUGCGUGGUCGUGUGCUGCCAAGUGGUGAGGUGGUUUUGGGUGGAAUAAAGGAUUACGUAGCCGAUAUCAAGAGGUGUCGACGCCUUAUCAUGGUCGCUUGUGGUACUUCCUAUAAUUCUGCUAUCGCUUGCCGUCAGAUACUCGAAGAACUAUCCGAAUUACCGGUAGUUUUGGAGUUGGCGUCAGAUUUUCUGGAUAGAAAGACGCCAAUAUUCCGCGAUGAUGUCUGCAUAUUUGUCUCACAAAGUGGCGAAACAGCUGAUACACUU